AUGGGCGCUAAACCAAGCACCGCCAACGGUACUCAAAGCCCCCGCACAAGGGCUUUUUCAACAAGUAGCAGUUCUGAAGUGGUCGCAGCGCCCGGUUUUCGGUUUAUGCGAGCCCUAGGAAAUGAAUUGUCUAACGACAGACAACGAGCAAGAUCUCUUUCCAGUGUUCCGGAUUUGCAUGCCAGCCAUGAGACUCUUUCAAUGCCUACAAAUGGGGCUAGCUUUGACGUUUCUACUGGAGCUAGUCCCGAGACUGAUAGCAGUUCUGCAGAAGAGGCUGGUAGUGUUUUAGGGUCAGCAGCUGCUAAUUUAGCUUUAGGAAGGGUCUAUGCCGCUCAUUCUUUGCCUUCACAUAUUUGGUCUUUGAAUGGAAUUAAAUGUCCAGUAUGCAGUAAAUUUGUGAUUCCUGAUGAUAUAGAAUGUCAUUUGGUGAUGUGCCUAACCAAACCUCGGCUAUCGUACAACGAAGAUGUACUGACUGAUGAUAAAGGAGAAUGUGUCAUAUGUUUAGAAGAUUUAAGUCAAGGUGACAUAAUCGCUCGCCUUCCUUGCCUUUGUAUAUAUCAUAAGACGUGUAUAGAUCAAUGGUUCGAAGUUAAUAGAUCGUGUCCAGAACAUCCAGGCGAUUAG